ACUGUUCCCAACUUUUUCUUUUUCGCCGACUACAAACUGCGGACGAGGACAUGGGUAUGGCGAUUCGUUCUGCACUGGCAAAGCUGGUGAGUAACUCUAUUCCCAAGAACAGAAGUGGAAUUCUGAUGCUUAGGGCUUUUGCGAGCUCAGCUGUCGACCAAAACAGGAAUUCCCGAAGCGACGUCGUUGCUGGUCAUUACUUCCGUCACCGAUUCGAUUAUGGCAACUAUAAAAGCAAACGAAAGUUGCCGAAGGUAUAUGAUUAUUAUAUGGACUUGGGAGGAUUGGAGCCUGCUCGUUUCGCCAUGGAGGAGUUUAACAAGCGAAAGAAUGCGCAACUGCAGUUUGUGAGAGUUGUCAAGUCACAAAGGCAUCUGGUGCACACAGGAAUUAGCAGCUUGUAUAUUUUAACAGUGGAGGCAGUUGAUGCCGGUGUGGCUAGACUUUACCAGGCACGAGUUUCGGUUAAUUUCAUUGAAGGCAUGACUUUGGAGUGGUUCUGUCUUCUUGUCGAUGAUGGGUGUCCUAUAGCACUAUUUGAUCACCUAGAAAUCUUCUUCCUUCCCAAGGACAAUGAAGACAAAGCCGAGAAUCAAAUUCCUAUGUGUAGAAAGCAGGGAUGUGAUUGUUUUCAUACCUCACGGCCCAAACUGUGUCAUAUCAAAACUGCAUAUGACUUACCAAACAAUGGCAAGAUGCUAAAAAUAUUUGGACGUUGGGCCGUGAAAACGUAUAACAAGGAAAAGAAUGCUCAACUGGAGUUUAUGAGAGUGGUGAACGGAACCAGGAGCUGGUUAAUGGGCAUGGUUUUUUUAACACUGGAGGCAGCAGAUGCUGGUGUGAUGAAAAUUUACCAAGCAGAACUGUUUAUGCCAGAUGCCAUUGAUAUCAAGGAUCCCGAUACCAAGCUCAAUUUGUUUGGCCAUGUUGAUGAUAAUGGCAGAUUGUCAAUACUAAUUGAUAAGAGGCAUGAAAAAGUAACAAUAAAGUGUUCAAUUCCCUAUGAACCGGAAGAUUUCUGCCGUUACAAGGAUCGUAACCUGUUCAUUCCUUCCACUAUUGAUUAAUUUUGAAUGGGUGAAAACAAGAGCUGAUGAUCUACUCUGCCGAUGUUAAGUGAAGAGAUUAGAUCUGGUCUGUAAAUGGUGGUGAUAGAUCUGAGAUUCUUGAGAUAUCAAUCAUUUGGGAUUUGGGCUUGAUUUGAAUGUCCAUUGAUCGGCCUCUAAUUACAUUACUGUUACAAUUUGACGGUUUGGCAAAUAUGAGUGCGUUUUUGUUUUCAUGAC